AUGGGCCACCUUGUCACUCUUGCAACAUGCUCCCUUAAUCAAUGGGCCCUUGAUUUUGAAGGCAACUGCGAACGAAUUAUUGAGAGCAUCCGCCAGGCUAAGAAAGCCGGAGCUACUCUGCGCGUCGGUCCAGAACUUGAAAUCACCGGAUAUGGUGUUCUUGAUGGAUUUCUUGAGGGCGAUACGUUCCUCCAUUCGUGGGAGAUGUUGGCUCGUAUCAUUGACCACGUUGACUGUCAAGACAUUGUAGUGGACGUAGGUAUGCCUGUUCGGCAUAGGAACGUGCGAUACAAUUGCCGCGUCAUCUUUUACAACCGCAAGAUCAUUCUUAUUCGCCCGAAGAUGUGGCUCGCCAACGAUGGAAACUAUAGAGAGAUGCGGUAUUUUACUCCUUGGCAGCGCCCCCAAGAGAUUGAAGACUAUUAUCUUGAAUCAAUCGUUGGUAAAAUAACAGGCCAGUAUAAAGUUCCUUUCGGAGAUGCGGUCAUCAGCACAAGAGAUACUUGUCUAGGUUUAGAGACCUGUGAAGAGCUAUUCACUCCUAACGGACCGCUGACCUCUCUGAUAGGUGUGGAAAUCAUCUCCAAUUCGUCAGGAAGCCAUCAUGAGUUAAGGAAGCUUGACACCCGUAUCAACUUGGUUACACAAGCUACGAAAUUGAGUGGAGGCAUUUAUCUUUAUGCGAACCAGCAAGGCUGCGAUGGUGACAGGCUGUAUUACGAUGGCUGUGCAAUGAUCGUUGUCAAUGGCAAUAUCGUGGCCCAGGGGUCUCAAUUCUCUCUGAAUGAUGUCGAGGUUGUUACAGCUACAGUUGAUAUAGAAGAGGUUCGGACGUAUCGCUCAAGUGCUAGCCGUGGGAUGCAAGCCAGCAAACAAACACCAUUUGUUCGUCUUGACCUCGAUAUGAGACUUUCUCGUCAAAACGAAGAGGCCGAUCCUGGCCUUGCCCCAUCUGAGACCAUUGCGCCCCGAUACCACGCACCUGAAGAAGAAGUUGCACUCGGCCCAGCUUGUUGGCUUUGGGAUUACCUCCGAAGGAGUGGUGCCGCUGGAUUCUUCCUUCCGCUGAGUGGUGGUAUUGACAGCUGUGCUACUGCCAUUAUUGUACACUCUAUGUGCAGAGAAGUCAUCAAGGCAGUGUCAGAAGGAAAUGAGCAGGUGAUCAAAGAUGUCCGCAGGCUGUGCGCUGAACCUGCGGAUACCACCUGGCUUCCUACUACGAGUCAAGAAGUGUGCAAUCGCAUCUUUCACACCAGCUAUAUGGGCACCCAAAAUUCCAGCAAGGAGACAAGGGACCGGUCAAAGAGGCUCGCAACCGACAUUGGAUCCUAUCAUAUCGACUUUAACUUUGAUACAGUUGUAACUUCCUUGACGAAUUUGUUCACCAUGGUUACCAACUUCCAGCCUAAGUUCAAGGUCCAUGGUGGUAGCCGGGCAGAAAACCAAGCGCUACAGAACGUUCAAGCCCGCUUAAGAAUGGUGCUUUCGUACCUGUUUGCAUCCUUGCUUCCUACAGUCCGGCAGCGGCCAGGUGGAGGUGGACUGCUUGUUCUGGCAUCAUCAAAUGUAGAUGAAUGUUUACGUGGCUAUUUAACCAAAUACGAUGCCAGUAGCGCCGAUUUAAACCCAAUUGGCUCUAUCAGCAAAGUCGACCUGAAGAAAUUCAUCGCCUGGUCUCGGGAUUCGUUUGAAUUGCCUAUUCUUCACGAGUUUCUGAACGCCACUCCAACUGCCGAGCUGGAACCGAUAACAUCCACGUACGUCCAGUCAGAUGAAGCGGACAUGGGUGUAACGUACGCUGAGUUGUCUACUUUUGGCUACCUACGUAAGAUCGCAAAACUAGGGCCUUGGUCCAUGUACGAAAGAUUGCUCCAUGUGUGGGGUAAUGAGUACAGCCCACGCGAGAUAUACGAGAAAACCCGCCAUUUCUUCUACAACUAUGCCAUUAACCGCCAUAAGAUGACCGUACUUACCCCUAGUUAUCAUGCGGAACAGUACUCUCCUGAUGAUAACAGGCAUGACCUCCGACAGUUCUUGUACCCCUCGUUUACAUGGGCAUACAAGAAGAUGGAAGACAGCGUCAAGUACUGGGAAUCAAAAGGGUGGACUGCUGGAAAAGCACAGAAGAAGAACGUCAAGGCAGACUAG